AUGGUGGUGGCACCUCUCACGUCAUGACGCCCCAUGGUGGCACCUCCAAUGGUGACAUCUCCUAUGGUGACAUCUCCCAUGGUGGUGACAUCUCCAACGGUGACAUCUCCUAUGGUGACAUCUCCCAUGGUGGUGACAUUUCCAAUGGUGACAUUUCCAAUGGUGACAUCUCCAAUGGUGACACCUCCAAUGGUGACAUCUCCCACAUGGACAUCUCCCACUGUGGUGGCAUCUCCCAUGGUGGCAUCUCCAACAGUGACACCUCCCAUGGUGGUGACAUCUCCCAGAAUGGCGUCUCUCACGGUGACAUCGGCCACAGUGACAUUUCUUAUGGUGGCGUCACCUCCCACAGUGGUGGCAUCUCCCAUGGUGGCACCUCCAGCAGGGACAUCUCCAGCAGGGACAUCUCUGACAGAGGUGGCAUCUCCCGUGGUGUCACCUCCCAUGGUGGCAUCUCCAACAGGGACAACUCCGACAGGGACAUCUCCCACAGUGGUGGCAUCUCCCCUAAUGACAUCUGCCAUGAUGGUGGCUUCUCCAACAAGGACAUCUCCAACAGGGACAACUCCGACAGAGGUGGCAUCUCCCAUGGUGUCACCUCCCAUGGUGUCACCUCCCAUGGUGGCAUCUCCCAUGGUGGCACCUCCAGCAGGGACAUCUCCAACAGGGACAACUCCAGCAGGGACAUCUCUGACAGAGGUGGCACCUCCCCUAAUGAUGUCUGCCAUGAUGGUGGCUUCUCCAACAGGGACAUCUCCCAUGGUGGCACCUCCAGCAGGGACAUCUCUGACAGAGGUGGCACCUCCCCUAAUGAUGUCUGCCAUGAUGGUGGCUUCUCCAACAGGGACACCUCCCAUGGUGGCACCUCCCAUGGUGGCAUCUCCCGUGGUGGCAUCUCCCGUGGUGGCACCUCCAACAGUGACAUCUCCCAUGGUGGUGACGUCUCCUGUGGUGACACCUCCCAUGGUGACACCUCCCAUGGGAUUGGCACCUCCCACAGUGACAUCUCCAACAGUGGCACUUCCCAUGACGGUGCCACCUCCCAUGACAGUGACACCUCCCAUGGUGACAUCUCCCAUGAUGGUGCCACCUCCCAUGGUGGUGGCAUCUCCCAGGGCUUUGAGACCCCCCAUGACGGUGCCACCUCGCAUGAUGAUGUCACCUCCCAUGAUGAUGACACCCCCCAUGACCGUGCCACCUCCCACGGUGGUGACAUCUCCCAUGACAGUGCCACCUCCCAUGGUGACACCUCCCAUGACAAUGCCACCUCCCACGAUGGUGACAUCUCCCAUGACCGUGCCACCUCCCGCGGUGGUGGGCGUGCUGGGUCCCUGGAGCUGCGACCCGCUGCUGGCGCGGGCGCUGCCGGAGGUGGCCUCGCGCCUGGCGGUGGCGCGGCUCAACCGCGACCCGGCGCUGACCGCCGGCUACUGGUGGGACGCCGUGGUGAUGUCCGAGGCCUGCGCCACGCCCCAGGCCGUGGCCGGAGUGGUCAGCGCCGAGCGCUACGCCAGCGCCAUCGUGGGUCCCCUCAACCCCGCGGCCUGCGGCGCCGCCGGGCUGCUGGCCGCCGCCUGGAACAAGCCCUUGGUGUCCUGGGCGUGCGGCGCGGCCGGAGCGGCCGGAGCGGUCACUCUGGUCAGGCCGCUGCCCGCUCCGGCCGGCGUCCUGCACGCCGUGCUGCGGUAUUUCCGCUGGGCGCACGUGGCCGUGGUGGCCGCGCCGCAGGACCUGUGGGUGGACACCGGGCAGGAGGUGGCCAGGGAGCUGAGGGCCAGGGGGCUGCCGGUCAGCGUGGUCACCGUGGCCGGAGAGGAUGAGGAGGAGGCGGAGGAGGCGCUGAGGAGGGUCCAGAGGGCGGACGGGGUCAGAGUGCUCCUCCUCCUCCUCCUGGUGCCCUGCCCCGUCCCCUCCCUGGCCGCCACCUUCAAGGUGGGCGUGCUGGGUCCCUGGAGCUGCGACCCGCUGCUGGCGCGGGCGCUGCCGGAGGUGGCCUCGCGCCUGGCGGUGGCGCGGCUCAACCGCGACCCGGCGCUGACCGCCGGCUACUGGUGGGACGCCGUGGUGAUGUCCGAGGCCUGCGCCACGCCCCAGGCCGUGGCCGGAGUGGUCAGCGCCGAGCGCUACGCCAGCGCCAUCGUGGGUCCCCUCAACCCCGCGGCCUGCGGCGCCGCCGGGCUGCUGGCCGCCGCCUGGAACAAGCCCUUGGUGUCCUGGGCGUGCGGCGCGGCCGGAGCGGCCGGAGCGGUCACUCUGGUCAGGCCGCUGCCCGCUCCGGCCGGCGUCCUGCACGCCGUGCUGCGGUAUUUCCGCUGGGCGCACGUGGCCGUGGUGGCCGCGCCGCAGGACCUGUGGGUGGACACCGGGCAGGAGGUGGCCAGGGAGCUGAGGGCCAGGGGGCUGCCGGUCAGCGUGGUCACCGUGGCCGGAGAGGAUGAGGAGGAGGCGGAGGAGGCGCUGAGGAGGGUCCAGAGGGCGGACGGGGUCAGAGUGGUGCUGAUGUGCAUGCACUCCGUGCUGCUGGGCGGCCGCGAGCAGAAGGUUCUCCUGGAGAAGGCCGAGGACCUGGGCAUGACGGACGGCACCUUCGUCUUCGUCCCCUACGACGCGCUGACCUUCGCGCUGCCCUACCGCCGCGUGCCCUACCCCGUGCUGGCCAACAACACCAAGCUGCGCCUGGCCUACGACGCCGUGCUGACCAUCACCAUCGACUCGCCCGACGCCUCCUUCCACGAGGCCCUGGAGGAGGCCAAGGCGGCCUACGAGGUCCCCGCCAACCUCGACCCCGCGGAGGUCCACCCGCUCUUCUCCACCAUCUACAACUCCAUCUACUUCCUGGCCACGGCGGUGGAGGCCGCGCGCCGCAGCGGCCGCUGGGUGAUGGGCACCAGCGUGGCCGACCACGCCCGCGACUUCCAGCUCCAGGGCUUCUGCCAGACCUUCACCGUGGACCAGGACGGCGACGUCUCGGUGCCCUACGUGGUGCUGGACACGGACGGCAAGGGCCACCACCUGUGGGCGGUCUACGGGCUGGAGCCGGGCACGCGCGGCCUCAGCUACCGCAGCCACAGCCCCCACUGGCCCCACAGCGCCAGCCCGGCCACCGACGCCGGCUGCUGGUUCGACUCCGGCGCCAUCUGCAACGGCGGGAUGGACGCCGGCUUCGUCUUCUUCCUCUUCCUCCUCAUCGCCGCCCUCGUCACGGCCGGCGCCGCCCUGGCCUGCCACAUCAGGCGCCGCCUGCAGCAGGCUCAGCUCAUGAAGGGCCCCAACAAAAUCAUCCUGACCAUGGAGGACCUGACCUUCAUCAACACCCAGAGCAGCAAACAGAUGGACAGCAGCCACACCAGCCUGGCCGGGCAGAGCGGGGGUGACGCCCGCAGCGCCCACGGCACCCCCGGCCUCCCUCCCCUCCCCCUCCCCACCUGCGGGGGCGACAAGGAUAACGCGAGGGGCAGCAGCAACCUCCCCCUGCUGCUGCUGCUGCUUGACCAGCAGGGCCUUGUCGCCUCCGUGCAGCUGCGGGACCUGCGUCACGAGAACGUGAACCUGUUCCUGGGCUUCUUCCACGACUGCGGCAUCUUCGCCAUCGUGUCGGAGCACUGCUCGCGCGGCAGCCUCGAGGACCUGCUGCGCAACGAGGACAUGAAGCUCGACUGGAUGUUCAAGUCCUCCCUCCUCAUCGACCUCAUCAAGGGCGUGCGGUACCUGCACCACCGCGACGUGGUGCACGGGCGGCUCAAGUCGCGGAACUGCGUGGUGGACGGGCGCUUCGUGCUCAAGGUCACCGACCACGGCUACAACCAACUGCUGGAGGCGCAGCGCGUGCCGGCCCCGCCCCCGCAGCCACACGAGCGGCUGUGGACGGCUCCGGAGCUGCUGCGGGACGAGGCCCUGGAGCGCCGCGGGUCCUUCCGGGGCGACGUCUACGGCAUCGGCAUCAUCAUGCAGGAGGUGAUCUGCAGGAGCCCCCCCUACUGCAUGCUGGGGCUGCCCCCCGAAGAGAUCAUCGAGAAGGUGCAGCGGCCGCCGCCCCUGUGCCGCCCCGCGGUCUCGGCCGACCAGGCCCCGCUCGAGUGCAUCCACCUGAUGAAGGAGUGCUGGAGCGAGCAGCCCGAGAAGAGACCCACCAUCGACCAGGUGUUCGACCAGUUCAAGGGCAUCAACAAGGGCCGCAAGACCAACAUCAUCGACUCGAUGCUGCGCAUGCUGGAGCAGUACAGCAGCAACCUGGAGGACCUGAUCCGCGAGCGGACCGAGGAGCUCGAGAUCGAGAAGCAGAAGACCGACAAGCUCCUGACCCAGAUGCUGCCGCCGUCGGUGGCCGAGGCGCUGAAGAUGGGGACGCCGGUGGAGCCCGAGUACUUCGAGGAGGUGACGCUGUACUUCAGCGACAUCGUGGGCUUCACCACCAUCUCGGCCAUGAGCGAGCCCAUCGAGGUGGUGGACCUCCUCAACGACCUCUACACCCUCUUCGACGCCAUCAUCGGCUCCCACGACGUCUACAAGGUGGAGACCAUCGGCGACGCCUACAUGGUGGCCUCGGGGCUGCCCAAGCGCAACGGCAACCGGCACGCCGGCGAGAUCGCCAACAUGUCCCUGGACAUCCUCAGCUCCGUCGGCACCUUCAAGAUGCGCCACAUGCCCGAGGUGCCCGUGCGCAUCCGCAUCGGGCUGCACUCCGGGCCGUGCGUGGCGGGCGUGGUGGGGCUGACGAUGCCCCGGUACUGCCUCUUCGGGGACACCGUCAACACCGCGUCACGCAUGGAGUCCACCGGGCUGCGUGAGUGACACCGAUGGGGACAGGGGACACUGAUGGG